AUGAGGGAGAUUCCCUACGAAUUUUUUAAAGAGUUGAAGGAUAUAUUACGAAUGUAAGAUUUUGAUGUGACGUAUUUGAUACAUUUACAGUUUAUUAGCUGAGCUAUAUGAAUAGAAAGCGUCUGGGGGUUCCUUUAAUUCAAAUAUUUACUAACCCAGAGCUUCAGGCAAAUCUAUGUGGUUUCUAUACUUUACUAAAUAUCUAUGGUCGGUAUUCUUACCCUAUUGACGACUUUUAUUACAACCUCCAUUUUGUUGGGUAAUACGCCUCACAAAGACUGCUAUUGCGCACUACAUUGCUUUAUAAUAUUUCGAACAUAUUCAAUGAAGAUUUAUAGUCACAAAAACCCCCAUAUGAGGUAAUGAAUUAUGAUGGACUGAUCUCGCGUUACCUUUGUGCUCUUAGGGUAUAGGCUUUUGGUUUUAUCUUUCACUUUAUCCUUAUGAACUGAAUGGCAUCAAAUUUUACGGUUGCAGGAGUUUGGACACAAAUCUGAUGUGUUGUCAUAUGCACAAGGAGGACGCUGACUGCGCUUUCAUUGAUAACGACGACUUUUCCAACUGUGAGAGCAUGUUUAAGAAUUCUGCCCCGAGAAAGAGUAUCUGGGCGAUAGGAAUCUUUUCUCUGGUUGGUGCAGUGUUUGUUAUCACGUGGCGAGUAAUCUUUAAAGAAAAGAACGUAGUACAGUCUAUCAUGUUGCUCCACUUAGCAGUGUCCGAUGGUUUGAUGGGUAUUUACCUGGUCUCUAUUGGCACUAAAGAUCUGUUGUGGAGAGGAGAGUAUUACCUGCAUGACCUCCAGUGGAGGUCUGGUUUGUCUUGUCAAAUAAUUGGAGCGAUCUCCCUCUUGUCAAGUGAGGUGUCGGUUAUGAUGAUGACUCUGAUAUCUGCUGAUCGGCUUAAAAAUAUUGUGUUUCCUUAUCAGGGUGCUUCUCUGAAACCAAAGGUAACACAUAUCCUAUGCAUCAUCAUAUGGGCAAUUGGCUUCCUUAUGGCCUUUUUGCCCAUGUUUGGUAUUCAGUAUUUUGAAGACCAUUUCAGGUACCAUAAUUAUUAUGGUAGAAGCGUGGUAUGUCUGCCCUUGCAGCUUACUUCUGAUAAGCCGGCAGGUUGGGAGUAUUCUGUCGCUAUCUUUCUCGCUUUGAAUUUUGCUUUUUUCUUGUUCAUCAUGGGUGCUUAUCUCAUGAUACUAGUCAAGUCUUACUUGUCUAGCCGGCGACUGGCCCGUCAGGGUACUGAAAGAGAGAUCCAGGCCAGAAGAGCAAACUUUAGGAGGGAAACGGCUCUUGCAAGGCGGGUGUUUUUCAUCAUCCUGAGUGAUUGUGUGUGCUGGAUGCCGGUGAUAGUGAUUGGUAUGAGGACCAUCAUCGAGAAGUCUUACAAAGCGCAAGGAGACCUCGCUGUCUGGAUUGCUGUGUUUGCCCUUCCGAUCAACUCGGCCUUGAAUCCUAUCCUGUACACCUUUUCAACAGAACAGGUAGUUAUGCGCUUUUAAUCCAUAAUAAUUAAUCAAGAUUAUAAAUUAGAUCCGUAAGUAGAUUAAUAAUGGCUAGUUACAGGAAGGGUAAUGGUUUUCAGCCGACUCGAAGCAGUGUAUAAUUUUGCUCAAGGCUGCUCUCUUUACCUGCAAUUGACAUUGAAAUGUUUUAAAAGCACUGCACAGGAGAAAUUCGUUAGUUUCUAUUUUGUCAUCGGAGCCCAGUUCAAGAAAGUGAGCGAAAUCUCGAUUACUUUUGGCUAUUGCGUAUCCAGGUCAGAGGCAUUCUGAAGAACAAAAUGGAAAAAGUUUGGAACUACUUGAAGACCGUUUUCACCUGCUGUGGUCGUGAUCAGGAAGGUGCGAUGUAAUUAUCACAUAUUUGAAGAAGUAAAAAUACAGCUAACAGCUCCUGAUAAGAAAUAAACCGAACAACAGUGUAAACUAAUAGAUUGCUGCAAAUUUAGUUUUUUGACUGAUUCAUUCAGUCACUCGUUCAUAAAUCAAUUCACUCAUACAUGCAUGGAGGCAUUCAUUCAAUCAUUUAUUCACUCGUUCGCUCCUUCGUUCUUUUAUUAGUCGCUUCAUUUGUUGUACGAACUACUCGAUCAUUGACUUUUCUUCGUUUUUCUUCUUUAAAACGCCAAGGAGAUGGGGAGCAACCGAACCAUCAGGGAAUAGAAGACAACGAACAACAAGGCGCCGAGGGAGGUAAAUCCUAA